AAAUUCUGAAAAGCACAGAAAUGCCAGCAUGUUUAUAUUCUAAGACGGAUUGUUGGGAAGCGUCAGCAUCCGAGGCCUUCACGGAAAUGGAGUCUUUUUCCGGAGGAAGCAUAAACCGGGAGAGAGGCUGAGGGACUGCGCACAACUUUCCUUCUCUCCAGAUUCACACCGAGGGAAGGAAGGAGGGCGGUUGGUCCGGUCCAGGUGCCUGCUCCUCCACAGGGAGGAGGGGGCCCUAACCGGGCACUGCCAGGCGGAAGCGCCGUUGCCAUUGGUCCAGCGGCGGCUUUUACCUGCCUGGAGCCCCGGGGGCCCCCAGCGCAAAGUCCGCGGCGCUGGGCCAAGGAGCCGGCGACUGGCAGCGCAGGUGCGCCCACGCCCUCGGCCAGGCAAGAUGCCGCUGGGGCUGCGGGGAAAGAAGAAGGCCAAGUCCAAGGAGACCGCUCGGCUGGUGGAGGGCGAGCAGGCGGGCGCGGGCGUCGGGAGCCUCCCAGAUCCCCCGGUCCCCGCACGCAGGCUGGUCUUCCACACGCAGCUGGCGCACGGCAGCGCCACGGGCCGGGUGGAGGAUUUCUCCAGCAUCCGCGAGCUCUAUGAGAAGAUCGCCGGCGUGUUUGAGAUCUCGCCGUCGGAGAUCUUAUAUUGUACUUUAAACACACCUAAAAUUGACAUGGAAAAACUCCUUGGAGGGCAAUUAGGUCUUGAAGAUUUUAUAUUUGCCCAUGUGAAAGGACUAAAAAAAGAAGUGAAUAUAUAUAAAUCUGAGGAUUCACUUGGACUCACCAUUACAGAUAAUGGUGUUGGCUAUGCUUUUAUCAAGAGAAUUAAAGAUGGUAGCAUUAUUGACUCAGUUAAAACAAUCUGUGUGGGGGAUCAUAUUGAAUCCAUAAAUGGAGAAAAUAUCGUUGGGUGGCGCCACUAUGAAGUUGCUAAGAAGUUAAAGGAAUUAAAAAAAGAGGAGCUCUUUACCUUGAAGUUAAUAGAACCCAAGAAGGCAUUUGAGAUAGAACCAAGAUCAAAAGCUGGAAAGUCUUCAGCAGACAAAAUUGGAACUGCAAGAGGAACCCUUCGUCUGAGAUCUAGAGGUCCUGCCACCAUGAAAGAAAUGCACUCUGAAACCAAAGCAAAGGCAAUCGAAAAGGUUGAUGAUCUUCUUGAACUGUACAUGGGAAUUCGAGAUAUUGAUUUAGCCACCACAAUGUUUGAAGCUGGAAAGGACAAAAAUAAUCCAGAUGAAUUUGCCACGGCACUUGAUGAAACUCUUGGAGACUUUGCAUUCCCAGAUGAAUUUGUCUUUGAUGUUUGGGGAGCCAUUGGUGAUGCUAAACAAGGAGGAUUUUGAUAUGGAUGAUCUAUCUCUGAAGAAAUGAACUAUUGUUCUUAAAAAAUCUGUAUAAGAAUUAUUUUAGACACCUUCAUGAACUCUGGUUUAGUUUUGUGUGUGUGGAAUCAAGUCUGAAAUAUAAUUGGUAAUUUUGAUUUCUGAAUACUCUUUAUUGUAAUUGUUUUUAUAGUUUGUAUAAGUUACUUGAUAUGACUGAUUUUAAUAUUCAUUUGGAAGCUUUUAAAAGAAAGAUUUAAGGAGUAUUUUUACAUAAACAUUUUUUUUCUCCCCAUUAAUAUCAUGUUUAGUUUUCUGCAUUAAGAACUUGAUUGCAACAGCUUUGUAGAUUUUGUUUUGCAUUCUUAAUGUAAUGAUAAUUAGGAUAGGCGUAUAAUUACCUCAUUUUAUUAUGCUGGUUUGAAUAGAAUAUUUUCUGAAAAUGAAAUGUGAAUUAUGCCUACCAUAGGUCUAGAAGCAUUGUUUUUUGCUCACUGAGUAAGUGAAGGAAGAUUCCUUUGGUCUGCUGUUUUCUAUGACAUACUUUCUCUCUUUGUGAAACAAAGAUUCAUUUUCUUUUUUGCUUUUUUGUAGUUGCUCUUAAAACUUGUAGUUGAGUCUGUUGUGUGUAUACAUUUGCAUGGGUGGAAGACGCAGGGAGGGUAGAAUCACUUGUAUUUGAUUUUUUUUUGCAGUUCUUAGAAUAUUAUUUCUUUUUUUCCACCUAUAACUACUUUUAUGUUACUCUUUAUGAGCACUCCAGGGAAGGUUUUAUAUUCUAUGUAGCACUUUCCCUUUGAAAGGUAUUUACUCGGAAAAUCACUAUGUUUGAGAAUAUUUUUAUUUGGGAGGGGUUAGGCAGCAAUCCUUUUCAGCCUCCUAAACUUUAGAGGAGAUAUUAUCUGAAAUAGGUUUCCUCCUAGGAGAAAUAAAGGAGAAAGGGGAACUAGGGAAUGUAUUAGCCUAUUAUUUUGGAGUUCUUACACACUCCCUCUAAUCCUUACAUUAUUGAGGAAAUUGAGGGUAAAUGACAGUUUUGUCCCUCUUUUUUGGCAUUUAUUGAUGUAAGGGAAAUGAAAAUGAGUGGUUUCAACAUGGAUCAUUUAAUAAGGCAGAGUAUGGUGUGACCAAGUGUGCUUCUAAAGUGUUCAAUGAGAACUGCUGUGCACUGUCCCAGGAAUCAGAAGUAAUCCCUUGUGAGGGAGGCAUUCUAGGAAAUCAGGAGUAGAGCUCUUUUCAUGCUGGGUUUUUGCUUAGAUAACUCUGUUGUCCUCUGGUAAAAAGGUUUCUUUUGCUGCCAUCUACUCCCCUGUCAUGUGAUGUUAAUGCUGUGAAGCUAAUAUUAAUCUGAAAUGGGCACAGAGCUGUUUUAGCUAUUAUUAUGUAACCAAAGUACCUUAAAGAAUAUGGAUUGUUUUAUUGUUUUUGCCUGGUAUUUUAAGAUAGGAAGAUAGGAUCCAGCUCAGUCUGUAAUCUGUCAGUACUCAUUUAAUGGGUUUCUUUUGGAGGUUCCCAAAAUACCUAUUAUUGUCUUUUUUUUUUUUAAUAACAGGGAUUGAACUCAGGGGCACUUGACCACUGAGCCACAUCCCCAGCCCUGUUUUGUAUUUUAUUUAGAGACAGGGUCUCACUGAGUUGCUUUGUGCCUUGCUUUUGCUGAGGCUCGAAAUCCUCUUGCCUCAGCCUCCCAAGCUGCUGGGAUUAUAGACAUGUGCCACUGCACCUGGCACUAUUAUGUCUUAAUACCACUUAUCUUAUACAAAAAAGCUGAUAUUUUUAGGAAUAGGAAAGUUGUUAUAUGAUUUAGGAGACCCAUAGAAACAUUUUAAACAACAAAAGUAUAAUUUUUUGGGCUGAGAAUAUAGCUCAGUUGGUAAAGAGUGCUUGCCUCACAUGCACAAGGCCCUGGGUUCAAUCCCCAGCAUAUUCCCACCCCCUCCAACAAAUUUCUUGGAAUUAUAUGUUAGAUUUGAAAUGAUUAAUUGUUUUUUCAUUAUUUUUCAAAAGUUUUUUUUUUUUUUGAGAAAGGUCUUGCUGCAUUGUGCAAGCUGAUCUUGCACUUGUGGUUUCCAAGCAAUCCUACUGUCUCUGAAUAGCUGAGACUUACAGGCACAUGGCACCAUGCUCGACUGAUUUAUUGUUUAUUAUUGAUGGAUGCCAGUUUCUCCUUUUCUGGGCAUGCAUGAAGACUGAAACUUGACGCUGUGGUUUAUGGGAUGUAUUCUUAGCAAUGAUCUUUCUAGAACUUUGAUGUAAGGUACAUCCAUGUACAGCUUGAUUAUUCUUGUCCCUGUUCAAAGGGAUAUUGUUCUUUUUGAGGACUUCAGCUGGGCUCAAGUGCUUUGUAUACUAAUGGGUUUUUCCUUGAAAUGUUCUUAACUCUAACAUCUAUUGAUAACAAGGUCAUCUUUUAUGUCAUUUUGUUCCCAUACCUGAAAAUACAUCUAUUUGUGAACUUUAUGCCUUUUUGCAAUUCACUGUGCAGAAAAAGGAGUAGACUAUUUUUAGUGCAGUCACAUAAUUGUGGGCUACUCUGCUGCUGGUACUACAAUGGGGCAAAUCAUUGUUUUGAAACAUUCAUUUAAUUAGUGCCACUAGACAUUUUCAGGACUCUCAUUUUUUCUGCAGAUUUUUUUUCCCCAAUGAAGGAUGGUUAUUUUAUUUGUUCAUGAUUUCCUCUCAUUGCAAGACAGCAUCUUCUCUUAGUGGUCAUUAAGAGAACACAAUGUGUUUUCUUUGAUUGUGGCAGAAAAUAUGGAUGAUGAUUGAACCGGGCCUUGAACAUAGCUGGGUCCUGAUCAGAUGUACACAUUAUGAUGAUUACAAAUAGAUAUAUUUUGAGCUUCUGUGAUGUUUCAAAACGUAAUUAUAUAAUUUCAUGACGUGAAACUUUACGAAUUCAAUUAUAAAAGCAAUAAUCCGUUAGCUUCUGGAGCUGCUAUAUCCAAUAAUAUAAUGUGACUGAAAAUGAAAAAGAGAUAACAGUCUUCCCAAAUGAUGUACAAUUUACAACGUUCCCUCUCUAAUUUGAGCAAAUAAACAUUUUUUUUUCAAGGAAAGUAGACUUCAUGAGCCCAUGUUAUUGCUCAUCUUCCUGGUCUCCUGUGGUUAUCCUUGCCUAUCCAGAAUUAACAUAUUUGCUAAAUGAAUUUCAUCUGCAAAAUAGAGUUUGCAACAUAAUGGCCCUUCUAAAUAGAGCAUAGUUGUCCACCAAAGAUGUAAGAGAUUAAUUAUAUAAUGGCUUUUUCACUCUCUGAUGCAUCUAAAAAUAGAUACCAAAUAGAGUAGAGUAUUGCUAUUACUCUGGUGGAGGUACUAGGUUAGAAGGCAGGUUAAGUGUUUUACCAAAGCUAUUAGUGAGUAAAGAGAGAGGUGAUGAUAUUCGACUUACAGUCCCAAGUACUAGUGCCCUGUUUAAAAUACACAUUUAUUUUCUUGAAAAAGAUUAAAGGAGAUAACCAAGUAGUUACAAGUCCUUAAAUAUAUCAUGAUUAUAAAAUGUUUCUUAAUUUGUGAACUAUAUAAAGUGGUAUAGCCUGUAUUAUUAAGUGAAAACUUAGUUUUAAGAAAUGAUUCCUGGUUAUUAUCUGCUAGGAGGGUGGAAGGUAAAUAUGACAUUCUUAUUUCAAUCAGAGAUAGUAAGUCUCUAUAAGACUUAGGUAUAGCUAUAAAUAUUUUUGAAGCAGUAACAAAAAAAGAAGAAAUUUGUUGGUUUGAUUUAACAUUUAAUAUUUUGAACCAUUUGUGCCAUACAAAAAUAUAGGUAAAAUAUUCUAUUUUUUUUUUAAAAAAGGGCUUUCUCAUUUGUAAAAAUCAUAACAUGUACUUAAUGUUUUUGAGAUUGGAUUUUGGGGAUCUACUAAUCAAUUGUGAAUUUUAUUUUGAUACCGUUCUAGGAUAUAUUGUUUAUUAUAUUUCUACUUAUAGAUGUGAAAUUUAGUUGUGCGUUGAUCAAAAAAUAAAUUAUUUGUUUUAUGUAAUUUUGUAAUAUUUCUUAUAUUUAAAAUAUGUUUCCUUAAAAACCUUUUUAUGAAACAAA